GUUACCAUGGUGACCCUAAUGAACCGCUAUGUGGUUACCAUGGCGACCCUAAUGAGCCACUAGGUGGGUUGCUCAUUACUGAAAAAGCUUCUGAAGCACAGGAGAUGGACUAAAGGCCGUUGUUCUUGUUUUGUUUCCUAUGAUAAAAGUAGGAGCUCCAACACCGCCAGGCUGCUUGUCAGAUUCUCAACAGUUAUUUAAGGACGCAUCUAACAGGGUAACACAUUCAGACAUAACACCGGGCCUUCAGAGAACCAUUUGUGAAUGGUUUACAGUCUAACGCAGCCAUUACACCGAGCUUUUCCACCCCAGGUGUGCAGUCUGAGCUACCAGUAACCGUGUAGUGAACGGCCUGGAGCGGAUCGGUCAUAGUGCUUGUGCACAGUUCAGCUGUUUAGGAUCCAUUUUAUUUGUGAUUUUAAUAAUUCAAUAAAAUAUGAACUCGUCUUUAUCCGUACUGCUGACUUGAAACAACACGAGUCGCGCGGACUAAUUAUUCUAUGUGACAGUGAACCCUACACGUAAAAAUAAUACCGCUGUCUAUCGACACCGCGUUAUAAUAAUCAUCAGGCACUACCGAGGGCUGCUAAGCGUAGCUAACAGCAACCAGCGACGCUACCGGAUGCAGUUCUGUAGUUGAUACCACUAAGUGUAAAACACCAGGCUUUAGCCUGACGGUAACACGUAUUCUGCUACUUUCAGGUCGCUAGUUAACUCAAACAGAUGUUUAACCACAACACCGGACUCUGUAAAUACCGGUCCUGUUGCGCAGAUUUAUGCGUAGAUUCCAUCUUUUACGCUUGACGAGGUUUUUGUCCGCCUCUGUGAUGAUUUCUUCCUCGGCAUCUGUUUCCCGCUUACUGUUUAACUCUCUCUGUUGCUGAACGGAAUACAUCGUUUCUGAACAUUCAGCACAGACACAACACAACCGUUUUCUAGCGGAACCCUCAAAGGAUGGCUCCGUUUUCUCUUUGAGCAACUUCUUUUGCGCCGCCUACUGGUGAAGUUCCACUGUUCUGACCCUUUGGGUUUGGUCCUUUUUAUGCCGGAGCAUGAACCAAGCUGGAGUGAGAACAAGGCGGCUAGAGGGCGACUCUUGUAGAUAAGCGUCUCAAACACUGAGAAAUAAUUAGUUAAGACAGGAUGUCUAUCUUAGAGUAAUAAACUUUCCAGGUGAGUGACGCUUCAUUUAUUCAGCAGAAGACUCCGCCUACUCUCUGCACCGUUAGGUGCGCCGCUGACCAAAUGGAGCGGACUCCCUGACCACAGCGGAAGUAAACAUUAAAAAGCUAAUGGUUAGCUCCUCACAUUUAACGGGUCUGUCUCAGUCCUUGUUCUAAUCAGGAGUAACGAUGUCUUCUGUUCAACACCCGAGAGAGUUUCUCCGCGAGUGGCUAACAGUGGAAAUAUUUGGAGUUUUUGUUAAUAUCAUCGUUCGUCAGCUGGAAACAUGAGAUGAAAGCUUACACAACAGAGAGUGAAGACGGCUCGUCACGUGAUCGACCCGAACCCCGGCUUCAUGUCUCAGCUCCGGAGGUACGAGGAGGUGCUGAAGAGGAGGCGACGAGAGUUCUCAGAGCUCUGAUCGAUCCAGAACGACCCCUAAAGCCUCGCUGACUCCAGAAGGAGACAAGAUGGGCAGAAAGCCAAGUUCUUCCUCUACAAUGAGGACAUCCCUCCCUGUCCUCACCCUUUUGUCUGUGGGUCGGCCCGACGAGACAGUGGCUGAGAGCUGCAUUGUUGAGGGCGACGCUUAUAAAAGCAUCAAAGCUGCCUGCAUCCUGCUCAUCUUCUUAAAAAUCCUUCUGCUGAAGAUGCUGGACGGCUCUGAGAGAAUGGUGUUGUCCAGCCUGCUGGGACUCCUCGUCCUGUCCUCCACCUGCUCAGGCAUGCACCUCCAAGAAGAGACUAAACGUGUAGAGAAAAGAUCUGCUCCUGGUUUUCCCCAGUGGUCGGAGCACGCAGAGGGGUCCGCCUCAUUUCCUGGCUAUGACUUCCUGGGAAACAUGUCGUCUAACAGGAUGUUCGACCCCACCUCGCAGCUGGCUUUACCCACCGACUCCACGUCUUUCCCAGUGUCCAACACGGCCAUCUGUGACAUGCUGUUCAAUGCGCCGGUGCCUCCGUCCAUCGACCAGAUCCCGUUUUUCUGCAUUUGCUCUUACUGUAAAGGGACUGGGGGGCCCAAAGGAGACCGUGGAGACCGAGGCCCUCCAGGUCAACCUGGAAGUCCAGGAAUCAGGGGCUUGACGGGAGACAAAGGCUACCGAGGAUUCACCGGUCUUCAGGGGAUCAAAGGUCAGAAGGGAGACUAUGGAGAGAAAGGACAGCCUGGUCUUGCUGGAUUCACUGGAACAAAGGGUGAUCAGGGAUUAAAAGGGGAGAAAGGAGAUCUAGGCUUAGCAGGACCUCCAGGUGCACAAGGACCCCAAGGUGAAAUGGGUGUAUGUCCUGCCAUCUGUCAGAGCAUUCCAGGAGCACCAGGGACACAAGGACCACCUGGACCAGUUGGAGCCCGGGGACUUCCUGGGGUGACUGGAUCUGUAGGACCCAAGGGUGGGCAGGGCGAUAAGGGUGACACAGGCCUACCUGGGAGCCCAGGUUUAAAUGGUACCAAAGGUGAUCAAGGUGCACAGGGGAUCUGUCGUUGCACAAAUGGAACCGAUGGACUGCCAGGAGCAAAGGGGAGUAAAGGCGACAAAGGUGAUCAAGGUGUCCAGGGUACUCAGGGUCUUACAGGGUCAAAGGGUGACCAGGGUAACAUGGGCAUGAUGGGCCCACCUGGUCCCUGUUCCCCAGCGAUCCAGUCGGCAUUUUCUGCAGCCAUUAAUCAGUCCUUCCCCCUUCCAAACUGGCCCGUAGCUUUCAGCCAAGUCAUCAGCAACCAGCAGGGGCACUUUAACCCGUCCCUGGGUAUGUACACCGCCCCCGUCAACGGCACCUACAGCUUCUCCUUCAGCCUAGCCGUAGCAAACAAACCUCUUAAAGCCGGCCUCUUCCUAAACUUCAUGCCUAUAGUCAAAGUAACAGAAACAUCCAACCUCGCCACUGUCAGCCAGUCCAUCGUCCUUCACCUGGCCAUGGGCGACAGGGUCUGGAUGCAGGUGAAGGACGUCACAACCAAUGGCAUGUACAUGGAUACUGAAAGCACCAGCUCGUUCACCGGGUACCUGCUGCACCCCGACUCCUGCGAGCUACCCAUGAGCCGUGAGUUUGGACCGCCGCCGACCUUACCUUCCAGACCAUUUGACUGGGUUUAAUGACGUUCGUUAAGCAGCGGAGGUUGCAGAAAGGUUAGACCUGCACCAGCAGACACCCAAUCAGACCCUCAGUGUGUUUCCUUCUGUACGGUUUAAACCACGGGCAUUUUCACUUCACUUGGAAAGCUCCGCCCCCGCCCCCAUCUCCCCUGGGACGGACUUCAGACAUUUACGCUGCACGUGUCGGGAUCUUUACAUUUGUUUGUCAGGAAAAUUAUUUUCUGCAACAAACCCCCAAACCUGCAGGCUAAAGGACGGAGAGCGAAGGGAAAUGAAAAUGAGCCGUUUUUAAACGUACAGCUAGAUCCACACUUAGAUUUUUCAUUUUGCUUUUAUCACACCAACCUCGCCGUAAAGGCUCUGCUUUAAGGUUUUAAGGCUUUUGCGGCUUUGUGUUUGUUCCUGGACACCAGCAUGCUUUGGUUUUUCAUCUGAGCUUUAAUUAGUUGGCUUUUUGCAGUAAAAGUGAUUUAAUAAUAAAGAAAAAAAUGUGAUGUUGCUACUAAAGGAGAUUGAUCCAUCUGGAGUGAUCAGAAGUGCUUUUGUUGGUUUUUACCCAAAGUUCACUUUGUACAUUUGUACUUAGAGUUGUUGUAACUUUAAAUAUUCUGACCCAAACAGAAUCCACCCAGACGACCGAGGUUUGGGCUAUGAAAAGGUUUCUGUGAAGUUUGAUCGUUUUGAACAAAUGAUGUUUGAAAGAACGCUGGAGUGAAAAGUUUGUUACAAAUCUCAAAUCGUUCAGUUAAUCCUUUAAUUCUUAUUUUAUUUGUCAGUUUUGAGAAGUUUCAUGACCCGAAACGACCUCUUUAAUAAAUUAUUACUGAUGGGAUGUUUGCAGCAAAGCAUUAAUUACAUUAGUGUAGCUUUGCAGGAUGUCUAACGCUUCUAACGGUUUCUUAUGUGAUUUCAAUUCCCUCCAAAAUCCUCAAAUCUGCUUUUUGGCCUGAAAGUGAUUAAUAAACUAAUUAAAACACAAAA